AUGACUGCUAAAUUCCAAGCCAUAUUGGCUGAUGCUGACAAAGGCAAGAAAGGGGGAAGAGGGUCGAAGAAAGCUAGCAAGAAAGACACUGCUAAAGAAGGACCUUCAUGGAGUGAAGGCGAACGAUCUGAAUCUGAUUCCGAGUCGGAGAUGUGCAUUGAGGAGAAUCAUCCCAUUCACACUGAAGAUCAAGGGCCAGUUCAUAAUGAGGAGGACGAACAUGUUCACAACGAACCUCUUGUUCGCACUAAAGUUCCACCAAAAAAUCGUGAGGUAACUCCACUACUCAAUGAUUAUGUUCCUUCUCUUCCUCCCUCACCAAAAACAACCACCUCUACACCAAUUAAUAUUGCAUAUUAUCCUCCACCUAUUUCAUCUCAACCACAAACAUCUAUUCCAGUUUUAAUUCCUAUCUUUAUAGAAUCCACCAUUCCACCCCAAGCAUCUACUGCACCUUUAAGUUCAGUCAAUGUAUCUGAUACGGGGGCUAACACUUCAGGUUGUUCAAGCCAUGUUAAUCCACCCAUCUCUCCCAUUCGCACCGAUGACCCAGACAUGAUUUUUGUAGAUGAUGAAGAUGAUAUGGGCGGAUUCACUUACAGUCCUUUUCAAAUCAGUAUUGAUAGUGAAGAUGAAGCCUCUGCUACAAAAGGGGAACUUAAGUCCCUUCACGCUAAUAUCGACCAACUGAUUCUUGCAUCCAAUCCUUCUUCUUCUUCGUCUUACUCCAAAGUAGGUGUUGAGUUCAUUCUUGAGCGGGUCACAAGGGAACAUGCAACUAACACCUCUACCAUGAACAAGGCAGUUUCUGACUCAGCUGAUGUUUGUAAAUCCACAACCGAAAAAUUCAAUAAACUAUUGCUGACACCAUCGAGUUUAUGGAAGAUUAUAAGACUAACUACAACUCCAACAUCGUCACUGCGAACAAGGCCAUUCAGAAUGUAUGUGACAUGUUUAAAAUAG